AUGACAUCAACGAAUGAUGAAACAAAGUCAGCAAAUUUGGAUGAUGAUUUUAAAUUUUCUUUACAUAGUAAAUAUUUUUCACGAUGUUUAACGGUAUUACCUUCUCAUACAAGUUCAUUAGACAAUAGCCGUGUAGCAGUUGCAUUUUAUAGUUUAGCUGGCCUUGAUUUACUUCAUUCAUUACCUAUAUCAUUACCAUAUGAAUCAACUGAACUAAUUUCAUGGUUUUAUCAAUUACAAUUAAUAACAGAUUCUAGUGUAUGUGGUUUUCGUGGUUCAUCAUGUGCAGUUACAUCACGAACAAUACCAAAUCCUUAUGAUCAUACACAUAUAACAAUGACAAUGACAGCACUUUUAUCACUUUUAUUAUUAGGUGAUAAUUUUGAAAAUGUUCAACGUCAUAAAAUUGCAUCAUCACUUAUUCAUCUUCAAUUACCAAAUGGUGCUUUUUUAGCUACAUGUUUAUCAACAGAAAAUGAUUUACGUUUUGUUUAUUGUGCAUGUGUUGUUGCAUUUAUUUUAAAUGAUUGGUCUGGUAUAAAUAAAGAUUUAUGUACAAAUUUUAUUCUUCAAUGUCGAACAUAUGAAUAUGCAUUUGGACAAGUACCUGGUGCUGAAGCACAUGGUGGUUCAACAUUUUGUGCUAUAGCUGCAUUAUCAUUAAUGGAUCGUUUAAAUGAUUUAGAUCAUCAAAAUGAUCUUAUACGUUGGUGUUUACAAAGACAAAAUGAAGGUUUUAAUGGUCGACCAAAUAAACCUGAUGAUUCUUGUUAUUCAUGGUGGAUUGGUGCAACAUUAAAAUUACUUAAUAAAGAUUUUUUAAUAAGUAUGAAUGAAAAUCAAAAUUUUUUACAUGCAACUGAAUCAAAAAUAACUGGUGGAUUUAGUAAAUGGCCUGAUUCAACAGCUGAUCCAUUACAUUCCUAUUUAAGUUUAGCUAGUUUAUCAUUAAUGAAACAUGAAAAUUUAAAGCCUAUUCAUCCAGCUUUAAUUAUUUCCAUGGAUGCUAUUGAAAGACUUAAAACAGAUAUACAUUCAAAAUGGAAUAAAUAA